AUGGAGCGCUCAGCGCCGCCGUUGCUGCCUGGCGGCAGGUGGAGUUCCUGUGCGCUGGGGCUGACCCGUCAUGACGCCCUGCUUGUGCUCGCUGCCGAGCCGCUGGUGAUGCUGUAUUCGCAGGAGGACGUGGAGAGGAAGGUGGAGUUCUUGGUGGAAACAGUGGGAUUCGAGGUCGGGUGCCUACUUGCUCUCGUCCUCUGGGAGCGCGGCGAGGAACGCCAGAGGACGUCGAGCUCAAGAAGGUCGCUGUCGGCACCCGCAGCGGCGUGGGUCGGGACGGGGAAGGGUGGGCAGGAGAGCAGGACCAUCGCGUCUGCUCCUGCUCCGGGGGAGCCUACUCUCGGCGGGGCCAUGCGGUGA